AUGGCCUCAUCAGGUUUUGAUAACUUUGACGUAGAAUUAACCGAAGAGGAUAUUCCCGGUGCUUCCUUAGCUGGAAGAAUACCUUCUAAGCUAAAGAUGGACGAGCUUCGUUUUUGGUUAAAAUGUCGUGGUGAUUCGUGCAAAGGCCUUAAAACGAAGGCACAAUUCGUAAAACGGUAAGCUUAAAAAAUUCUACAUGUGUCAAUAUGGACUCGAUUUUGCGCUGUGUUGAUAUUAUGUUUUGGUUUUUCAUUGAAGGGUUGACGAGUAUGUAAAAUCAGGCCGCGACAAGAGCAUCGUUGACCCCGACGAAAACAAGAUAUUUUCGAAAAGAAAAGCGAGAAAACAAACUUCCCAAGAAAUCGAACCGGAUACUAACGAAUUGGAAAACACAUUAAAUACAAGUCGAGUUAUCUACCCGACAAACAGUUGGUCGACUUCUCUGAGUCGUAUGCCUUUAUUUACUCGUGCAGAGAUGAACUUGCAUAUCUCAAAAUCUGGCAAGUCCUUCUAUCCACAUAGCAAAAAUCAUACAGUUCCAACAUGUAUGAGAAGAGCCAAAACAUUUCUAGAUGAUGAAUACCUAAAAGACGUGUUAGCCAACAGCGACGAGAAACACUUUUAUUGUAAAUGUCUGUGCUAUCACAGCUUCAAAAAGAAUGAACCACCGCACAAGUUGAAGGUUGCUUUGGACAUUGUAUCUGCAGAGGUCAAAAAUGCUCAAUGUUCCUGUGUUGCAGGAAAGAUUGGUUUCUGUAAUCAUGUGUUGGCUUUAAUGUUGAAAAUAUGCAAGUUUAGCCUUUAUGAUUGUAAAGAU